UCUAUAAAGAAACAAAGGACGUUAGAAGAGAGAAUGCGUUUCUCAAUAAAAACCUUGUCAAAGGUCUCUGGAGGGGUAGUUAACUAACGCGUCAAUGAAGUUUCGUUUUGACCUUUACGAUUUCAAAGUGCCAAUUGAUUUGGAACAAAUGCACAAGUAAAUUGAUUGAUGCAGCAGGGAGCAAUUUAAUGGAGUAGGAUUUCACCCAUUGUGAUAUUUACCAACCUUAUAGGCUUGAAUGGGAUAUAUUUGGGUUCAAGUUAAAUGGAAAAUACAAACGCCAGCUUCAACAUUUGAGUGAUGUUAGAUAAUAUUAUGUGCGAGAUGGAUUUUGAGUUCAAGCAUGAGCUAAGCUUUUGUGCCUUUCACUUCAAAUGGGCCAUCACUUCAAAGGUCCGUGCACUGCUGUUAACAGCUGGAUAGGCGCACCGCUGAGGACGGCUGCUGUCAAGUUCAAUGGAGCAGCACGUUGUAGUGGCACUUCAUAUCCAGGUGGUGGCGCCGUUUAGUUCCCACAAGUAUCAGAUCUCCGAGCUAUUGAAAAUGUAUAGAAAAAAUGUAUAGAAAUGUUUUGCCAAAUGUAAUUUUCGCUUUGGAUUUGAUGAAAUGCAACCAUCUUGACAGAAAGACGUGGGGACUAUUUAUGAUGUCAGAGGACAGUUUACAACCAGCACUUCUUGUCACAUUUUGUUCUUUCCUUUCCAUCCUGAAGUUUGUUUGGUUUUAAUAAAACAUGUACCUUGCGUUUAAAUAGUAUUAGGAGGUGAGGUAACAUGUCAAAAGUUUCAAAAUAAAGCCAAGGUUUCAAAAAAAAUCAUUUCAUAUAAUUUCAUUUUUCAAAAUACAUAAUUUUAGUAAAGUCGUUUAGUAAAGACGUCUGUGCUUAGAAUUAUGUUAUUUAUAAUCCUUAUGGGCAUUUAUUCAAAAAAAGUAGUUGAAGCAGACGUACAGUAUUUCCUUUGCACGCCUGUCUAAACAUGAAUCUCUUGUUAGUGUUCUUGUUCUUGUUAGUCUCGUUUGCACGUGUUUUGUUGUGUGUAACGCGUAAAGUUAGUUUUCUUAGAAGCUCCCAUCGCUUCGUUUGCUCUCAGGAGGACGGCCGCAGUUACCCGUCCAGCUCCACUCACUCCAGUCUCGUGCCCGUCGCGCCCCGGUCUCCCGGGAGACGGGAAUGAGAAGCGGCAGCACGCAGACUCCUCUCGCGCGCUGGAAUGGGAGCCCCCCCCCCCCAUCCCCCUCCCUCCCCCCGAGGAGCCCCCCAGGCGUGACCAAUGGAACAUAGAGUCUCCAUUGUGGCUGCGACACUUUAAUAAUCGCCAGCUACAAUAUCCAACCUGUCGGUAGCUUCAGGAGCCCGGACCGUCCCGUUGGACAGGGGGCUUGUAGGUGGGAAGAGGGGGCGAACGCUCGGCGCCAGACCUCUAGCCCGCAAGACAUCCCCGUGAUGAAUACAUGAAUAAAAAGUAGAAAGGGCUGAGGUUGGGUGAUCUUUGAAAUCGGGAUAUUUCUUCCCACAAACUGCUCUUAUCUUCCAAGUAGGGAAACGUCUAAAGGAGCUACUGUCGUUUCCCUGUGGCCCAGAUUUUGUGAUUAGAUCAGUUAUUGCUGCAGACAAAGGCUGUGACAUCCACGGAGCUACUGUAUUUAACUCAUAACUGUGGCUGGGGCUUCCUUAUUUCAGGAAGGACCGUGCAAUUAGGUUAAAUUGCCCAUUUCCACCCAGUAAUUAGCCCAUUGUUGUUUUGCCAGGUUAGAUCUAAACGUAGCAUCUGACUAAGCGUGGCAUCUUUGAUCAGUGGGUUGCAGGUGAUUCUCCAAAUAACGAGGGUCUGUCCAUAAACUUAUUGUCACUAUUGUCAUUAAAAGGCUCCUCACUAUUGUGCGCACAACCGGGCGCCACUACAGCUCGUGUCAGUACGGAAACGGUGUUAAGAGCGGGACCUCUGCUCAUGUUUCCGUUCCCUGUGAAGCCUUUUUUUACUGACAGGGCGUUCCGAGAGCUGGAUCAAAAGGUUUUAGACCCGCUACAAAAGAGAAAUGGAAACUGGAGAUGAUCUUAGAACGAAUGAAUUGACAAAGAGCGCCCGAGCCCCAGGACUCGCAUUUAGUCUAAAUCGAUUGUUCAGGCACAAAUGUUGAUCAUUUCAAAACAAUCGUCUUGCUCUUGUGCUGCUGGUGCGUUAGAACUGAAAAAGAUGAUACAUCCCAUAACCUAAUGUUCGGAUAAACCCUCAGUUAAAAGGAGCAAAAUAAAUGUAUCAUGUCGUUUUGACAUGGGCCUAAGUUUGAAACACAACGGUCUGUGUUUAAAAGUGUGUUGUGGGGCACAAACCGAAGUGAUGGGCGGUUUGACGGAUGGGGAUGGAACCAGCUCCUCUCAAAGCCUUCAGCUGCCUCUAUCUACUCCCUGUCGCAUCACAUGCUAGGCAGACGCACGCACAGGUAGGAAGACUGUCCCAGCUGCGCGCGCCUCGCGCUGUCCACGCUCCGUGCGCACGUGCGUCCUGUGGGAGGGUCCCCUUACCUCCCUUGCGUUAAACACUCCUUAAAUUGUUACGUUAUCAUAAACAGUCCGGCUACGAUGGGGCCAUAAUCACCUCUCCUGGGCUUUACCGAGACUUCUCAUUGGAUGCCAACACGCGACCAGCGCGAGGAGGGGGGCUCCCAGGCGCGUGCCGCUUUUUAAACCGACGCCGCGCCUUGAGACGGAGAAGGAGUCCUGCACGCGACAGUCGUAUUCACACAGUGAGACCGCCCGGCACCGCGCGCCUCCAACAACUUUGCCGACUACUGCUGGUCCAACGUUCACCCACCGGCUCGGGUCUUUUUUGGGGAACAUGGAGGUCUCAAGUGCGGAAGACUGGAGGAAACGUGUGCCGCAGAGCAGCCCGAGAGUGAUGGAGAGAGAGGGGAGGCAGCCGCUGGAGGAGCCCCGCUACGAAGCCGCGCUCACGCUCGUGGACAGUGGCAGUGACCCACGCGCCUGGCUGGCUCCGGUUCAGUCCUCUGGCACCUGUGCGGCACAAGUCGCCUCACCUGAGUACCUGCAGCACUCGCCGUGCCCAAGCGUGAGCUCCUACCACGAGAGUGGUUCCCCGGGGUCCUCCGGCCACCCCAGCCCUUCCAGUCCUCCCAGCUACAGAAAGCCUGCAAAGAGCUCCUCCUCUUCUUCGCUCAAAGUCCGGGACCUGUGCCGCCUUAAAGGCGCGAUCGCCGGACCCGCAGAGGACGCGUCCCUCCGACAGAGAGCCCCGUCCAGCAAGCCGACCAACGGGGUCCAGCGGCAGAGGCGCGUGGCCGCCAACGCGCGCGAGCGGAGGCGGAUGCACGGGCUCAACCACGCGUUCGACGAGCUGCGCAGCGUGAUCCCGGCGUUUGACAACGACAAGAAGCUCUCGAAGUACGAAACUUUACAAAUGGCGCAGAUCUACAUCAACGCCCUGGCCGAGCUGCUCCAGGGCCCGGCCUCCAGCGGCAACGGCGCCGAAACCUCAAAUGACGACAGCAACUCGCCAAAGUGUGACACCGGGCUUCCCGCCGUGGCGGCGAAGGACAGGGCGUCAGGUAGCGGCUUACCCGUGCACAUCAGUGGGAUGUCUUUCCGCUCCGCCUUCGACGACGGACCGUUCUCCGCGUUGGUCGAAGAAGCGAUGCGUUGUCCGUCUCCUCCGGCCUCGUCUCGCGCGGGCGGCUCGCUCGCGCCGGAAGGACGGAAAGAGUCUCCUCGCAGUGACGGCGAGUUUUCCCCGCACUCCCACUUAAGUGACUCGGAUGAAAUAGUGAUGGAGCUCCAGUCAAGCGAAGACGACGACCUUUCAGAACUCAAGCUCCCCAUCCACCACCAUCACGCUGUUUCAUUUUAAGUAGCAUCAGUGAGAUCAAAGAUUACUCAGACUAAAUGAAGGUUCCUACAGCCGACACAAAAUAAUGUCCGUAAACGUGUCAAUCUCUGUUGCUUGCAUAGUUUUUUUUUUCCAAACUCGCGUUCAAUUUUUGACAAUAAUUCAACUUCAUCGACUUGUCGCAUUGUCUAAAGGUUAUUUUUAUGUGAAAUAGGCCUAAUUCGAUUCUGCCAAUAAAUGUGUAGCCUUUAAUUUCCAGUUUCCAUAGAGACGUGGCCGGAAGACCCCUCUGCCAUGUCGCUCACAGCACUGCCAUGGGUGUUUCCCACGUCACGCCGACCAAAAAGCUGUCUUCCACAAAAUCUGACUUUUACGCAUAAUUGCUUAUGUCUGAAACUGUAAAAUUUUGUAGCUGUGAUUUUUGUUGGGAUUAUGGUUUUGCUCAUUUGUUUAUAUAAUGUAUUUUGUUUUGCAACUUCAAAAGUUAAUGUGCACUUUAAUAAUACACGAGCCAGAGGCUUGAGAAUGCGAAUUUUGUUUUGAGAAUAUAAACAAUAUUGUUUUGCUUUGUUUGAUAGCGUAGUACUGCCAAUUCCCUACAAAUAGCCUAUUUAACGUAGCCAUCAUUGCUGCCUUCUUUUGUAUUUUUUUUGUAUUUUCAGAUGAACUUGUGUGUCUUUUGCUUUCACUGGAUGAGGUUAAUUGACAUGUAUUUAUUGUUAUCUUUCAUUUGUUUUGCUUUUUAUAAACCCAUAGUUAAAUUUAUUGUCAUGUUCAUUUGAUUUUCGCAAUAAAAGAAGCAAACGAAGAUUCAAUAGCUUUGUCUUUGUUGUUUUCAUCCAUCCUCCAUAUUAAUGCAAUAAAACGUUUCAUUAGCAUUUUUCAUU